UAGGGAUUAGUUUCUAGCGUAAACAAAACUAUUUCAUUUAAAACCACGACUAAUUUCUGGUAAAACAUAAGCAUAACUUUAUGAAUUUGUCGUAAAGCAAUGAUUCUGGUUGUGGCAAUGUUAGUGUAGGAGUGAAGCGCGAUGGUGAGCCGAGGCGCCUGACAGUCCUGAAGCAGAGAGGAUAUGGCUUGCUGGGACAAUACUGCCUCUCGCCUCUAAUUCAAUACUACCACGUAUUAGACACCAUGGAGGCAUACAACCGCCACGCCUGCUAGCACCACCUGGAAACCACCGGAGAGACGAGCGUGGUGAGUGCUACACUGAGAUAUAUGGCAAAGAACACGACACUCCAGCUGCCACCCACCGCCGCCUCCACUGUGCCCUCACACUUCGUGGACUAUUGAAUUAAGUACACGACAGACCACCUUCGCCCUAGCAGCGCCUUGAGAAGAGGCAUCAUUGAAGAUGGCAGCCCUGGAGAAGCUAGUGCGAGCUUUUGAGGCCGUGAAGCUUUCUCAGGGUAAUGGCAACCCUGGAAGUGCUGCCUCUCCAGCUGCUGCCUUUGGGGCCGGGGCAGGGCCAGAGCAGCGGCCACAGGAGCACAACCGCACCAUGGCGUCGUUUGCAACCUCCCUCUCUCAGCAGGGCCAGGGGUUGCUCAGUAAAAAAGACCAGAUCUUGAGUAGCAAGGAGAAGGCGGCCACCUGCUCUGUGAUUGCUGAUGCAUUGGUUACCGCCAAACCCACGGAGAUACAGAAGCUGCUUUCUGUGGGGAUUGAGACACUACUGCUGCUGACAGCUGACACAGAUCCUGAUGUGCGGACCAGUGCCAACGAGUCCCUUAACCGGGUGAUCAGGAGCUUAUCAGAAACACAGUUGGGCAAGAUACAAGUGGAGCUGUACAAGGAGAUCAAGAAGAAUGGUUCAGUAAGGAGUCUAAGGGCAGCUCUCACACGCUUUGCUGCUCUCUGCCACCAUAUAAGACCCCAGAAAGGUCGUGCUUAUGUACAGAAUCUGCUGCCAUAUGUAACAAGAAUGGCUCGACGCACAGAGGAACCCCUCCUGGAGACUCUGGCAGCUGCCCUUGAGAAGAUUAUGCCAACACUUGGCCACUUCACCAAUGACAAUGAGGUCAAGAAUCUCCUGAAGGCAUUCCUGCCAAACCUAAGUCACUCAUCAUCGGCAGUGAGACGCUCUGCUGUGUCUUCACUGCUAGUGCUCUGCUGCCACUCCCGCAAGCCACCCAUGUUUCUCUCGUGGCUCCUAACCACAAUUCUGCAGACUCUGGUGCCAGUGCAGGAGGAGGCACCCACCAGCCAGGUUCUUGGGUGCAUGCUGUGCUUGAGAGCAUUGGUGCCUCACCUGGGUCGACUCUGUCCCCCAAAUCUUCCAUCAGACCAGCAUGGACAGCCCACCUCACACCUCCAUCCUGGGGAACACACCGUCUCCUAUGACCAACUGAUUCAGGUGUAUGAGUUGUGUCUCCAUUACAGUUCAAAUCCCGAUCACAACAUCAUCACUGCCAGCCUGGAGACACUACAGGCAUUGCUUCAGCAGCCUCCCGUGGCCCUGCUGCUCACCCUCACUGCUCCCGAGGGCAUUAACAGGUCCAGGAUUAAAGCUGAUCCUCGCACCAGUCUGCUCUCCUCCAGGGUGUCUAGUCAGGUCAGUGUUGCAGCCUCACUGUACGAGGAGGAGAGCUCAAUGGGGGACUUUGGUGUUGGGGGUGAGAGAGUCAGCAUGGACAUGGACACCCCAGAUGGCAAGAUUGACAUUGAGGAAAGCACUAGAGUGGAAGACGAGAGUGCCAGAGGUGCAGGGGGAGAGGAAGGAGGUGGUGAGGGAGGAGGAGGAGGAGGUGGAGGUGGAGGUGGAGGUGGUGGUGAAGAGGCUGCUGGUGUUGAAGGGAGGUGUGGCGAGGCUAAGGAGUCUGUUGGAGCAGAGGGUGCUGCUGAUGACGAUGAGAAUGGCCUGUAUUCCAGCAUUGAAAUUGGACAGAUUGCAGACACAUCCUUGCUCUUUGGCCGAGGAGAGAUCAACCUGAGUGGGGAUGAGAAGCACAGUGGUGGGUGGGAGAAGAGGAAGCACCCUCCUCGCAUGGCUACCUUUGCUCAGAACAAGUCACUGGAGGAGAAGCAAGUCUCAUUUGAUAAGGCAAAUGGGUCUAUUGGAUCCUUUUUGGAUGAGGACAUGCCUGUGAAAUAUCUAGCUCGUUACCUGACCUCAUCCUUUCUUCUGUCUGGUCACCUGGGGUCACUGGUGCCUGACCGUACAGUGAGGGUCAGUGUCAAGGUGUUGGCCCUGAAUUGUGUCGGUCUGGCAGGGAUGGUCUUACCCUCCAUCUUGUCACUGCCACUCUUCAAUGAUGCUGUAGGAGAAGCUGAGCUUCAACAACACUUGGAUGAUGUUCUUCGCUUCCACAGCCACUCGGACCCACAGAUUGGGGCCAGCGUUGCCAUUGUGAUUGGUCAGUUCGUCCGGGCCAGUCUUGUGCAUGGCUGUGGCCAAUAUAAUGACUUUUCCCGCCCCAGUCUGACUCUUUCUUCCCUCCUUGAGAUCUUGUGUAAGCUGCUUGGCCAUGAGUCGAGUGUGACGUCUCGGGGAGCCAUUGCCGGACUGAGUCUGUGUGUGGAUGAGCUGCUUCAUUCCCUCCAUGCCUCUGUUGUGCUGUCUGUCCUGCCACACCUAGUCAAUGUGGCUUCCAACCCUUACUGGCUUGUCAAGGUAGAGCUGUGUGAACUCCUCUCAGGGUUGCCGCUGAGCUUCACUGACCACGUGGAGAGUUGUGGCAACUCCUCCACGCCAGGUGGCUGUGUGCCACUUCCCCAAGCUGAUAGGUUUUCUCACAGGGUACUGACAGCUGUCUUGGUGCCAUUGCUUGCUGACCAGGACCCAAGGGUUAGGUCAGCUGCUGCCUCAGCCUGUGUUAGACUUGUACCUGAAAUAAUGAGUUCUGGUGACUUGAUCCAUAAGGUGGCCUCUCAACUGGCUCACAGUGGGCAUUUGAGAGAGGAAAGGAAGGACCCUACUAGUCAUGUUCCCCACCGUCACUGGGACUGCCGAAGUCUGCCUUCACCCCCAGUGGCACCCUUUCACUGUCUCUUUUCAGAGGGAAGUGGUCAGCUCACAUUCAGCUUUGAGUAUCAGCAAGGGUCGGGCUUACACCCACUGCAGGGUCCCAACGUGGAUGACUCACUCUCUCGCCUCAUCUAUGCCUUCACCACCCACCUCAUGACCUCCAACAACAAGUUCUUGGUGUUGGGAUGUGUGGAGGCCCUGGCACAACUCAGUGAGAGGUACCCCCCUGCUCUCCACCCUGCUGCCUGGGGUUGUAACAUUCCACUUUCACAGUCCAGUGAAACCAAUACACACAUUGGUCUGAUAACUCUAGUCCUUUCCCUGGCUGGAGAGUCCACUAUCGCAGGGGACCUCUCCAUGCAGCAGAAUAUUCUCAGCAUUGCUUCCAACAUCCUUGCUGGGAUUGCAGUCAUUGCUUUGAAGCAGAAGGAAAGUGCUGCAACAAAGGUGCCAUGGUCCUUCCUUGGUGCAGCUCAGCUGACACUGGUAGCAGAGGCUGUUGUGCAGCAUAUUCUGCGCAUCUUAAGUAUCUACUCCCAUGUGUUAGAAGACAUAGUGCCUGGAACUCGACCUUCUUUAGCACCUCUGGCUCCCCCCACUGCCAUCUCUCCCAUCAAGAGGCGGUCACGAGCAGACACUUCUGGGGACAAGAAUCGCCAGCAGUCACCCAGUGCCGGGGACAAAGCAGAUUCUGAGGAGAAAGACCGGCGACCAGGCAGGUCAGGCUCGGUGGGUUCCUUCACCCAUCUGCCAGAAUACAUCAAGAUGUAUGAUGUCCUUAAAAAUGCCCACACCAAUUAUAAAAUAUCCCUGGAAGAAAGCACCACAGAGAAGGUGUGUGGGCUGCUGCGUGUCACUUUGUCUAGCUUGGGACGGCUCCUGGAGGUGGCGUCCAUGGUGGAGUUUGGGAGGCUGGCUGAUGAAGUUUUGCAGUACCUCAAGUCUGUUACCAGUCUGCUGCCCACCCUCACUGUGCAGUGUGGCCAGCAGUUGUUGAAGUGUCUGUUCGGCUCCAACGUGAUGGCUGUAUAUGAACAAAUGUCCCGCAAGGGCUCGGUGGAAUCUCUCUCCCGAGAUGAAGUAGAGACGGGCAGCGGAGUGGAGGGACCCAGCUUGCAUCACCUGUGCUUCAAUCUGCCCCUCACCCAACUGGAGAAGGAUUUUUCAGAUCUGUCUGUGAUGCGACAAGAUGGCGAGUCAGUCAGCAUCAACCUCACACAUCGCAAGAGCAGCUCGAAUCUCUUUAAGACACUGGGUCGAGGUAAUGACAAGACCUCUCUCAGCUCUUACAUUCGACUUUUUGAACCUCUCGUCAUUAAGGCUCUGAAGUUAUACACAGUAUCUAGUGAUGUUAGCAUGCAGAGAUCAGUCCUUCAGCUGCUGAUCCACCUGGUUCAGAUCAGAGUUAACUACUGCCUCCUAGACUCAGACCAGAUCUUCAUUGGCUAUGUCAUCAAGCAGUUUGAGUACAUUGAGGAGGGACAGAUCAAACAGGCUGAAGAGCUGAUCCCCUCCAUGUUCCGGUUCCUGGUGCUGCUGUCGUACGAGAGACACCACAGCAAGAGCAUCAUUGGAGUGCCCAAGAUAAUCCAGCUAUGUGAUGGUCUGAUGGCCAGUGGGCAGCCUCCACUGUCCCACUGCAUCCUGGCCCUACAACCACUAGUGGAGGACCUCUUCUUGGUUCGGAGCACCACCAGUACUGCUGAUCAGCGAGAGUUAGACACCCAGCGGGAGGUGCUGUGCUCCAUGCUGCUUCGACUGGCCCACUACCAUCAGGUGUUGAAGCUUGUGUCCUUGGUAUUGGGAGCAACCCGGGAAGUCAACAGGGAUCGCUGGAGGAAACUGUCACGACAGGUCAUUGACACACUGCUGCCCUUUAUAUCCAAACUACAAGUCAACUUGGACUCUGAGGAAUCACUGAGUGCCUUGGAGGAAGUGAUGAAUGGAGUAUGUGCAUCUGUGUACAGGCCUGUUGACUGUGUGCUGAAGGCCUUAUUUACUUCCCCAUGUGAACUGGAGAGCAGGAUUGUUGGCCUUCUACUGGUGCAAGAUCACACACACACACAGGAGGACAGGAUUGGUAGCCUCCCAUUCCUGCCAGGUUGUGAGGAGACCACGGUAGGAGUGGAGCGGUGGGUGGGUGGUGUUUUGCUUCUGCUACGUGCCCUCAUCACUCACUCCACCUCGGAACUCAUCCUUGCCCGCUUAGAGGAGCUUGGCCUCAGCAUGGACUAUGUGCACACUGACUCCAUCCCUGACACCACCUCCUCCCCUUCCUGCACCACCUCCACCACAACCACCACCACUACCACAGUCUUGGCCACACCACACUACCAGGGUCCCCAGCGACCAGCCUCACUCCCACUCCCAGUGUCAGAGACUUCGGCAAGUUUCCGCGAUCCCCUCAAUGUGACCCAACCUGAAACUCUACCCCAGGUGGCCAUGGCCAGGUUUCUGUUGGAGGUGGUGCGGGUGAGUGUUAGUGAGAUCAGAAGUGUACGCCUGGCUCUUCUCAGCAGUGGUCUGGGAGGGGAGGAAGGAAGCCAGCAUUCUCCCAACAUGCUGGUCCACCUCUCCCACCACCUGCUGCUCACUCUCCUCCACCUCACUCUUUCCAAUCAGUGGCGAGAAGUGAUCACCUCCCUAAAGGAUAUCUGCAGCAGAGAAAUAGACCUUAUGGAAGAAAUCAGUGAGGCACUCCUCUUUGUAUCUGGCUGGUAUCCACCCCUCACUCUCCUGUGGUGCAAGCUGCUAACUUCCUUGGACCUCACCUCCCAGCACCUGUGGACCCGUGUUCUCAGAACCUGCCAGCGAAAGUCUGUAACUAGUGUAAGUAGUCCAGUGGUGAGUGAGGCUACAGGACCCUCUAGCUGCCUGUCCCUUGAGUUUAUGCGGCGAUGUGGUCUGCUGGUGUUCUCAGAGUUUGUGGUAAGGCACAUGCAGGAGGGGGAGUGGUUGACAUGGCUGGUGGUGCAGCACAUCAGUGACGUGGUCUUGCUUCACACUGAGCCGCCCAUCCAUACUUUGCUGCAGUCCAUUCAUAGUUCACAGGCUGCCUCUGCCCUUCUCAUCCAGGCCAUCCAUGCACGUUGCGACUAUGUACACAAGGCUGAGUAUGGUGGGCACAUCAUCACUUUGGUGUCUGGGGUGCACAUCUCGCAGUCUGGUGCAUUGGUCAUCUUUGUAGUGGAGCGACUUCUUGCCUCAUCCUACUUGGCCGUGACACGAGCUGCAUGUGCCCUGGCAACACGACGGCUGCAGCUACUCCUGAACAUGUCCCCAAACCAGGUGGCACUGCAGCUCCCCCUUGAAGACACUUCUAAGAUCAUCACUUUCCUUAAGAACCACAACUUGGAGAAACGCUAUGGGCAUUUGUAUGGACUGCUGCAGCGCUUGGCUGGACAGGUGCAUGGGGUAGCUGUGGCAUCUGGAUCUGAUACUGCCCUGCCCUCUCCUCCCCCACAUUCCCCAGCUCCAACUGCCACCCGUCUUGACCUCUCCUGGUAUCUACAGCUAGUGAGAAACAGAUGCCAGCGAGGUGAGGGCGGUGGUUUGGAGUGUGGUCAGCUGCUGAGCCACCUGGAAUACAGUGAGAUUAUCAACAUAAUGUCUGGCAAGUCCUUCAACACUGCCCUGCUAACGCACACCCUCAGACUUGGCCUCACAUCCACCUUGCAGGCCAACCGUGAUUGGGGUGAGUGUAACAGCUCAGUAGAGACUGGAGACAGUGAGGAGUGCAGUAGUGGCAGUGGCACUAGUGAGGCACCUUUGUAUACUGCUAGCAAGGUUAUCCUCCUUCAACACCUGGCAAGGGUAGCUGCAUCCCUCCCUCGACCCCAUCACACCUUCACACCAGGUGGUGGAAACAAAUACAGUGAGCGUGUGUGCAAGCUGUUAACAGGGGAGGAUGGCAUCGGCAGUGUGGUGGACACUCUUGCUCCUGCUGUAGUGGAAUACCUAGGUGGCAUGACACGCCUUCCUUGGGGUGCACAAGUCCUCCCAGAACACUCAGAACACAUCCUGAGAUUUGCACUCUUGGCUAUUGAGUACCUGCACUGGCAAGUUUGGCUAGGCAGUGUUAGUAUUGAGGUGGCCAGCCUGUGUCUCAGCUGUGUGGAUGCUGUGCUCCGCUGUGGCACUCUAGUGGGUCUCCUGGGACUCUCAGACAGGACAUCCUAUGUGUGUUCAGUGGUGGCAGGUUUGCAUGCUGCGACUUCCUACCUUGUCAAGCCAAGAGCAUUGCCAAGUCUACCUGUACCACUCACCCAGUGCCUAAAUGGUGGUGAAAGUAGCCUGCUGGUGGCAUGCCGCAGGUUAAUGCAGCUUGUAGUGUGGCUGGAAACAGGCAAUCUGCGUCAUCUGCCUCCUUGUGUUGCUCAGCCCAUCAGGGGUAUAACCAUGGGUGUAGGGCGAGUUCCUGCUCUCAACAGUGUGGUGCGUGUACCCCCUGAUGUUUGGGCCCUUGGUUGGGCUCCUCAAUUUUCUGGGGAACACAACACCUCUCUCCCACCCAUCCCAGUGGACUAUCUUCAAGAGGCAGACAUUCUCAAGGAAUUCAUCUUCAGAGUGGAACUGUUUGGCUGGAUUGGACGACAGCAGUUUGAGGAGACAUGGAUGGCCUUAUUGUCAGUACUCAACUCAACUCCAAGUGAGAACACCCCACCUGAAGAGUUACCCUUCAUAAACCUGAGUCUUUCCUUGGCUGUGCGUGGCAUCACUGCUCUUCUCAUUCAGACUCUACUUCUUCCGGUCCCAGGAAAUCCUCACAGUGGCCACUUGUUGAGUCUGCCACGAGACAAACCACCACCUUAUCUCACCUCAAAGGCUGGGCGCAAGUUGCAAGAGAUCAUGUCUCGUUUGCACGACAAGCUGCGGGAAGUCCAACAUCUGAUUCGAGGAGGACCUCAGCAAACUCCAGCUUACCACUUAAGUCAGGUGUCUGUGGAGUACUUGGUAACAGCUCUUAGCAGCCAUGCUGAGCCUCCAGAUUCUCCUGAAACUUGUCUGCAAACAGGCUGCUAUGAAUUUGAAGUCCGAGAGCAGCAGCUAGCAAGCAGUGGUCUUGAUGUGCAGUCCUGCCUCCACUUCCUCCAUUACCUGUAUUCCUCCUGGCUACGUCCUCAGAGUGGCCUGUGUGCAUCUGUGGUGGCAGAAGUAGUGAAGUCUGUUAGCUGCCUCUGUGACUUGUUCUGCUCAGCGGCACAUCACCGUUGGGUUCUGGAGGCACUGGUCCCCUUGCACACUCUCCACCCAAUUGAAGACCAUAUCACUCAGCAGUAUAUCAUCCUAGCCACUUGCAAAGCUUUAGCCACACUAAGGUUGGCCAAACAGGAGGUGAGCUCAGCCUUGAGUGAAGGUGUGGUGCAUAUUGUGGAAGGAGGACUCAAGAGUGGACAAGUGUCAGUGCGAUCAUGUGCUGUGCAAGGUCUGUUGUAUCUGCUGCAGGGACCCCUAGAGGACAGCCCACCACUCAUCUUGCUGGCCGCUAACUAUAUCUUGAAAUAUAACGAUGGAAAAAGUCGUGAAUGUGAGGGUCAUGAAGUGGGAGUGUGGGAGGUGUGGGUGUAUCUGGUGGAGCAUUAUGAAACCCUGCCAGAUCCCACACUGCCUUCCACUGCUCUUCACAUGGCUCUCUCCACUGCUGCCUCACUCUCAACCACCCCAAGGCUCCUACACCAAGUGCUGCGUGGUGUGGAGAGACUAGUGUUGGUGCAGCAGCUCACCAGCAGUACUGUAGAAGUGAUUUUCAAGCUAGUGAUGGAUCUAGUCCUUAAUGGUACACCCUCCACCUCCAUUGCUGCCCUACCUUUGUUCAUUACUGCCCUUUAUGCCAAUGUUAGGAACACAGCCCUAGAACCAGGAGUCUCCCAAGAUAGCAGUGCCUCUGAUCCAGAAACUCUUCUCCUAGUCAUGGAAAAGCUCUCCAUCUUCUUUGAUCGGAUCCGUGUUGGAUACCCUCAUGAGGCUGGGGUGGUGGCUGGCCUCUUGGGUCCCUGCCUACUGGACAUUCUCCCUGCCAGCCAGAUCCUCAACAAAGUCAUCACGGAGUACAUUUCUUCACACCAGCCUCACCCACAUCUUUUAGCUUCAACACUAUUUCAGGUGUUUGAAGGAGCCAUUGGUGAGAGUGGAGAAGGUUUGGUGCAGGAGUGGGUGCUUCUCUCUCUCAGCAAUUUCACUCAGCGCAGCCCAGUCUCUUUAGCAGUCUGGUGCCUCACAUGCUUCUUCAUUGCGGCAUCCAGUAACAGGUGGCUGAGAGCUGCCUUUCCUUCAGUCCAAGCUCGGUUAGGUAAACUUGAUGCCAGAGAUAUACAGAUAUUCUGCUUGGCUGCAUCCCACUUCCGGCAAAGUCUUGCCACAGAGGAGCAGAAAGUAAAAUUUGAAGCUGUAUUCCAGGCUGUGGCCACUCCUGGCUCUCCUUUUCAGGAGCUGCUUGAUUGCAUUAAAGAUUGAAUUUAAGAAAAACAUAUUUUAUUCUUAAUGUGUAUAAAAAAAAUUCAGUUGUCACACUAUGCUAUUUUUUUGUAUAUUUACUUUACUUGGCUUUCUAAGGUAAUAAUUUCACAUAGUGAUAGAUAUAUGAGCUUCCACUUUGACUUAUUAAAACUGUAUAUGGCUUGAAAAGAUAAGGUAUGAAUGCUUUGUACAUAUAUGAUAUUCUGUAUAUAUAUUUAACAAUUGACUGUAUAGUUAUUCAGAGGAAUAUUGUUGAAAAUAACCAUGUAAUACAAUUAAUUAUAUUAGACUGAUUGUUUUGUGAACACAUCUGGCAUCUGGCUAUAUAUAUUUUGAUUUUUCAUGUACAGUAUGUCAAAUAUUUCUAUGGGGCCCUAUAGUAUACUGGCUUUAGGGCUGCAAGUCUCUCUUUGCAUGGCCAUCUGAUCUGAUACUGGGGACAAUAUACACAUAAUGGGAACUUUUCAUCCCAGUAUUAACUUUGCAGAGAUGGGUUGGCAUUUGGAAGGACAGCCAGUCAUCAACCAUUCUCAAACAUCACAGCCAACCCAUAUACAUGUAGAAAUGGCUGUGAUAUAUGAGUGAUAUUUCUAAUAAAUAGUCUCUUGAAUGUUUACAUUCCAGUGAUUUCUUACUUAGAGGCUGUCAUUUUGGAAAGAAAAUAAAAAUUGUAGCUGGUUAAAGAACAUUGCAGAAUUUGAGUUUGUAGUUUGUUAAGAUUAUGCAAGAGUAAAAAUAAUACUGACCUCACAAAA